AUGAAGUCUCCUCUCUACAUUCUGGCCGUGCUGCUCCCUCUGGCAAAUGAGCUGGCGCUAGCUUCUCCAACUGCGGAGCCUGUCGAUUUUGAUGCCCUCGAGGAGAGAAAUGGGGGCGGAGGAGGCGGAGGACAUGGAAAAGGUGAUUUCAAUAACCCUUGCAGGAUCAGAAAUCAAUACUGGUACUGGAAGUACCCGUGUGACUCGAGUGACCGAAAGGGUCAGGCAUUCCCUGGUGGUCAGUUCAGUGCAAGCUGUCGAUACAAAAACUGGUACCAGACCCAGAACGGAUGGGUUCGUAAUUCAGACAAACCUCAGGGUUGCAGUAUGUUUUUCUUCAUCCGUCUUUCAAAGCUUUGUCUGACUGGCAUCAAAGAUGGCAAUUGGGAGCAUUCUUGCUAA